AUGGGAGCUAGAGAUUGGCGAUCGCUCAGAAAGGGCAAAGCGAGAGAGGACGAGAAACGUUCGAGUCAUCCCUACCUCAUCGGCAACUUCCGGCCCGUCGAGAAAGAGCACCAUCUCACGCCUUGCACUGUCGUUGAGGGAUCCAUUCCUCGCGAGCUGUGGGGUGGCCAGUACAUCAGGAAUGGAGGCAAUCCAGCAUUUCCGCCAAAGGAAAAGACAGCCUAUCACUGGUUUGACGGCGAUGGCAUGCUACACGGUGUACACUUUCGCAUCAGCACUACGGCAGACGGCGUACAUUCAGUCGAGCCACACUAUACCAAUCGCUACAUCCAGACCGAUGUCUUUCUCGCCAGCAAAACACGAGGGAGCACCAUCCUACCGUCCAUAUCAUCCUUGCUCAUCUCCCCGUCAGACUCGCUCGGCACAAAGGCGGCUCUCGUUCCCAUGUUGAUCCGAACAGUCGCCAUCGCCUAUCUGUCCUCGUUGACGAGACUGAGCGUCACCAACACUGCCGUCUAUUUCCACAAUCGCCGCUUGCUAGCAACCUGCGAAUCUGGUCCACCGAUGCGUAUCGCUCUCCCUGAGCUCACCACAGUAGGCUGGUAUGUCCAUCCCGACGAAAACGGCGAGGGCGGACUGGGACGUGGCGAAUUGACCGUUGGCGCGAAAGAGUGGAUCGGAGCAGGAAGAUUUGCAGGCGCAAUGCUAGAGGAAUGGCAAACGGGUCAUCCCAAGCUCGACCCCAUCUCUGGCGAGUUCCUUACGUAUGGCUACAACAUUUUUGCUCGACCAUAUGUGACCUACUCCGUCAUUGGUCCCCAUAGCGAGCACCGAAUUUUCAAGCAACCUGUAGAGAUCCCGACGGCCAAGAUGAUGCACGACUGGGGCGUCUCGCGCAAACACACCAUCAUCAUGGAUUUGCCGCUCACCAUGUCUCCCUUUAACAUCGCCAAAGGGCUCAAGCCGAUGGUCUACUUUAAUCGCAAGCUCAAGAGCCGCUUCGGCAUCAUGCCCCGCUACUUCUCCGGUCAACAGAGCGACAUAAGGUGGUAUGAGACCGAUCCAUGCUUGAUCUUCCACACUGCGAAUGCGUUUGAUGAAACGGACGAAGCUGGCGCUGUUAACGCAGUUUCACUACUCGCAUGCCGCUUUGCAACUGCCAAAUUAGUGCAUGCAGCCGGUGGCAGACCUGCACCAGCGCAGGAAGAAGCCAUCGCUGCUGCGCUUCCGGACGGCGACAUCGUCCGACUGACAUAUUAUCGCUUCGAUCUUUCUACCAGCAAGAACACAAUCACGCACGAAUUCGCACUAUCAAACAUUCCAUACGAGUUUCCUGUGGCUAAUCCAGCUGCCGUCAUGAGAGAGACCCAAUACCUAUACGGCUGCACGAUGCGUAGAGGGCGGUUUGACGAAGCCAUGCGAGCUGCCAAAAUCGAUUCUUUCGUCAAGUUUGACUCUCGCGCCUUGGUAGCCAAAGGCAAAGCUCAAGGAUUCACUCGGUCUGGCAUCGUCGAUACUCGCUCUGUGAUGGAUGUCAUCGAGCAACAGUCGACCUACGGUCCAGACCACGUCCCGACCGAUCCCGUACGAAUCUAUGCCCUGCCUGCUCAUCACUACGCACAAGAGCCGGCCUUUGUAGCUCGACAGGACGCAAGUGCAGAAGACGAUGGCUAUCUGCUCUUUUACGUAUACGACGAGCGCCAACUCGACUCACUAGGCUCAGCAUCCGACGAUACCAAAGGCGAAUUAUGGAUCAUCGAUUCGAUGAAAAUAGGCAGAUCUGCCACCCACGAGGAUGCGCUAGUGGCCAGAAUCAGCGUGCCUCAACGAGUGCCCUAUGGUCUGCAUUGCAACUUCAUCAGUCAAGCUCAAAUCGCUUCGCAACGGAGAGAAGAGUGGCAAGCACCAAAGCCAGUCCUGACGGCAGCACAGAUUCGCGCUGCCCGCACAACAGAAGCCAUCGACGUAUUGCUGGGCGAGCAGGACAUCGGCCAGAGAAGAGAUUCUCUCGCUAGGCUCGAACUAGCUUGGCUGCUCUACUUGUCGAUCGCAGGCUGGCUAGUACUUCGCUCAGCGCCACCGCACUCGUCGCACGUCCUCCUCGUCGCGAUGAUCAGAUCAGCUCGAGACGUCUGCAUGACUCUAUUGGCAGCCCGGCUCUUCUUCAUCUUUCAGCCCAGAUUCGCUGUUCUCAGACACAUCUUCUCCGCAAAACACCGCACGCCUGCAUCACCAUAG